AAGAAUUUCAUUGAAGUUUCAUCAGUUUAUUUGGUUUUUGUUUUGAAGUUUAAGAAAAUAAUUAUGAAUUAUUAUAUUUUUGCAGCGUUUUGCAUUAUCGCAGUUAUUGCUUCGCCACUUUCAGAUACAAACAUUUUUAAAGUUCAAAACGAUAAUUUGAAAAUUGUAGAAAUUCCUGAUGGAUUUGGUGGAGUGAAAUAUGUUAAUAUUGAUGAAGAAACAGAAAUUUCACCAGCUUACAAUCCAGCACAAGAUGUCCGAUUUUUAUUAUUCACAAGACGAAAUCCAACACAAGCACAAAUUUUAAGUUUCAAUGAUAUGAACACUGUAACAAAUUCACAAUUCAUGCCAAAUCGUCCUACAAAGUUUAUAUGCCAUGGAUGGCAAAGCAACGCAAACACUGAAGUUAAUCCUAUUACAACUGCUGCUUAUCUUGCUGCGGAUGACGUGAAUGUCAUUGUUGUUGAUUGGAGCGUUGGUGCUGGUUCAAUUAAUUAUAUCACAUCCAGAAAUAAUGUUGGUCCCACUGGAGCACACAUUGCUGUAUUCAUUGACAAUCUCAGUCGUGCUGGUUUGAUUGACUUCAGAACGGUUCAGUGCGCUGGACAAUCACUUGGAGCGCAUGUCUGUGGAUUUACGGGAAAAAAUACACAAACAGGACGAUUAAACUCAAUUUUUGGUCUUGACCCAGCUGGUCCUUUGUUCAGUGUGAAUGAUCCUGCAAAUAGAUUGGAUGCUGGCGAUGCUGAUUAUGUUGAAAGUAUUCAUACUGACACUGUUGCUUUGGGGAUUGGUGACCCCAUUGGUCAUGUAGAUUUCUAUCCAAAUGGUGGGACAAAUAUGCCAGGAUGUACCACUGCCGUUUGUGACCACGCAAUUGCUGCAAACUUCUUUGCUGAAACGAUAAAUUCGGAUCGCUUAUGGGGACGUCAUUGUGAAUCACUUGAGGCGAUGUUAGCGAACAGUUGCACGGGUCCAGGACUUUCAAUGGGUGGUUUUCCAGGAAACUAUGCAACGGGUCCAAGAGGAAUUUAUCGCAUGGCAACAAAUCCUUCAUCACCUUUUGGACAAGGACCAUUCUGAUUUAAAUCUGCAAAUGUUGAUUGAAUAAAAGAUUUCCAAGAACUUAUUGUAACUUUUUUUAUAUCUGCUAUAAGAAUGAAAUUGAAC